GAAAAUGUCGUUGUGUUCUUCGAAAGAAGACGACCCAGAGAGAGAGAGAGAUGAACACCGUCGUGCCGUUCCUCCUCCUCGUUCUCUCAUCGUUCGUCGCCAGCGCUUGCGGGAUCGAAUCCCCGCAGUACACCGUCGUCCACUCUGAAUCCGAUUUCGAGAUCAGGCUCUAUCGGGGAUCAGCUUGGAUGUCAGCCCCCUCCGAUGAGAUUUCCUUCAAUAAGGCCACCAAGCUCGGAUUUCAUCGAUUGUUUCAGUACAUUCAGGGAGCUAACCUGAAUUCUUCAAGAAUCAGAAUGACCACCCCAGUCUUGACAAGCCUUGUACCAGAUGCAGGCCCCCUUCACUCCUCCGCCUACUUUGUCCGUUUUUACUUGCCAACGAAAUUCCAAUCCUCCCCUCCCGUUCCCCUGCCGGAGUUGAACAUCCAUUUGGCCGAAUGGGCACCCCAAUGCAUUGCAGUGAGGAAAUUUUCUGGCUUUGCUCGAGACGACAACAUUGUCAAAGAAGCAGAGAAGCUAGCUCUUAGUUUGCGCCGCUCUCCCUGGGCUGAUGCCACAAAUUUAGAUGGCACAAAUGCUUACUCAAUUGCUCAGUAUAACUCUCCGUUCCGUCUUAUCGGCCGUGUUAAUGAAGUUUGGGUGGAUCUUGAUGGAUCAAAGGUCAAAGGUUGUGAAUCCAGUUUGGUUGAUGUGUUAUAAAAGAUUAGCCUUCUUGUUUAUAUGCAUAUAUGCACUGUGAAAUACACAGAAUUGGUGUUGUUGUCAUGUAAAUAUUGCCUUUAUGUAUACUUUGGUCUGUAUUUAGGAUGAAGCUGGUAAAUGCUUAUGUUGCAACUGUGGCAGAGCUCAGAAGAGUUCUUCAUUAAUGUGUCUAUUUAAUGCCCUGGAUUCAAGUGUGAUAUGCCUAA